AUGGAGGUAGACGAAACUACUGACUUUGACCCCACCACUGAGGAAGGCAAAGAAGACAUCAACGACGGCGACGAAGAACCGCUGCUUCCCACCCAACAACCUGACGAUUCCCUAAGGAAUAGGAUUACGAAUGCCCUAAGACAUCCCCGAGCACGCGAGUACAUAUUGGCGGGCGAGCACAUAGAGCUAGAGAAUUUGGGCGCCGUAAGCUUGGCCGUGCAGCGGCUAAAAGAUACGUAUUCCAACUUUAACCCAGACGAAGUAAAACUUACCGAGCGCGGCGGUAGAGUCUUCAUAAGCGUCCAAGACCUGAGAUUUUCCGACAAAAACCGCUGGACGAAACCACRACCCCUUUUCGACGAAAAUGGCGAAGUUAGGGGUGACGUGGCGAGAUUAAGAGGUUUUCAACUAGCUACCCGGAGCGACUUAGAAAGGUUGGAAACCCUGAAUGAGAGGGUUGCGUUAGAGAGGCGCGUCGAGGAGCUGCAAGAAACUUUGGAAGAAAGGGAAGCAGAAUACAUGAGACAAAACCAACUGCUCGCCGAUGCUCAAAAGAGAGAAAUCGACGAUAAAAACCAAAGAAUGAUAGAAAUGAGAGAACGAACAGACAAUGCCCUACGCGAAAGAGACCAAGCCCAAAGAGCCUUCGAUCUUGUCCUGCAAGACCUGGACAUUAGUAAGGAAGAAGCAAAAAACUUGCAUAUCACCAUAGCCGGCUCUUUGGAGGAACGGCGCCAGUUGGUUGCCGAAAUCAGCACCAAAGAAGAGCAAAUCCGGCAAAGAGAUCAGGCUAUUGAAGACCUGGAGGGGCAAAUAGAGCGGCAGCAGGAAAUAAUUAAUGACCAGACUCGUCCCGAAGAGGAAAGGGAGGCUGCCCAGAGGGAAUCAGAAACCCUUCAGGUGCGCCUUGCGGAAUUACAGGCGCAAAAGGACAACCUGGAAAAGGAGCUGGGGCUUACUACCAAGGAAAAGGUAAAAAGAGCCCUUUUGAAGUAUGGUCUUCCGCUGGCAUUUGCGGUCGCUAUUAGCACCGUAGUAGGAGUUAUCCUUAACGCGCUUAAGGCUACGGGCGCAGGCGUAAAGAAACUGGGCUCUGGUUUGGCGGACUUGGGGAAAAAGAUGGCAGCCGGCUUGCCUGGGCUGCUUGGAUAA